UUAACAUCAUUCUUCAAGUAAUUCUUCUUUUGUGGUUAACAGAUGAAAGAAACCUAUACAGAUUUGGAACAACUUGAGAGUGAGUAAGCAAUGACAGAAUUAUUAUUUUUGGUGAACUUUACUUUUAAUUGCAGGUGAAAACUUUGCCAAUAAUGGAAAGCAGCAAGUUCAUGUCAACUGACAGAGCUACAGUUAUCAUCCAAGUAAAUCCACAAGUGAAACAAGAUAAUGUUAUUUGUGAUGACGAACAGCAGGCCAGAGGAGCAUAUCACAAUACUGCUCUUAAAGGAUUUUUCAAAGCACAACCAAAGGCACUAGGGACUGUCCAGAUAAUGAUAGGAGUGGUGAUUUUCUUGUUUGGUAUUGUAUGCACCACUAAUAUCAAUACCUUUGAGCCACCCAUUUUUAUCUUUAGUGGCAUCACCUACUGGGGAUCCCUUAUUUACAUCAGUGCUGGCUCUCUGUCUGUUGCAGCGCAGAAAAAACUUCAUCUGUGUGUGGUGAAAGCCUCUCUUGGGAUGAAUGUGAUCAGUGCCAUAACUGCAGCGAUCGCCAUAACUCUGAUGGCCGUAGAGAUACAUCACAUUUCAAUGCCCUAUCGAAGAUGCUCCUAUAACUACGACUAUAACGACAAUCGUACUGACACUGUCAUUUGUUCAGAAUUGAAG